CGCAUUAGAUCUACUGCAUAUUGAUGAGUAUAACGCCACCGGCGGAGGUUGCGGAGAUGGAAAAAGGUUUUCCAGGAGCAUUUUAUUUUGAUAUUUGGAAAAACCAAAAUAGACAGGGCAUUCAGCUUCACAUUCCAGGUUUUCCAGCUAGGGUUUUGUCGUUGCAUCCCAAGGCAUUGAUCCAAAACCCUAGUCCUAGUUUACCAAUGAAACGAACUCAACCUCGCAUUUGUUUUGAUCGGAAAUGGUUCCCGCCUUUGAUCUUCGGCUCCGUACUCUCUCUGAUUCUACUCCUCUCAGUCUCUCUAGGCCGCGUCAAAUCUUCCUCAAGCACUGAUUUUUCAAGAUUCGAUCCGAAAUCAACAGUUUAUGAGUCGAAUUUCGGUUCUGAGAGUCGGUCGGGGCUUCCCAAGCUGCCGAGGUUCGCUUACAUGAUAUCGGGCACGAAAGGUGAUGGUGCGCGUCUCCGGCGAGUUCUUCAGGCGGUGUAUCACCCGAGGAAUUACUAUUUGUUGCAUUUGGACCUCGAAGCUUCCGAUGCUGAGCGGCUUGAACUUGCUAAGUAUGCGAAGUCGGAGGCUGUGAUUAAGGAAUUCAAGAACGUGAUGGUGGUUGGUAAGGCGAAUUUGGUCACGUAUAAAGGUCCGACGAUGAUUGCAUCUACGCUUCACGCCAUAUCCAUUUUCUUGAAGCAGGCAAAGGAUUGGGACUGGUUUAUAAAUCUCAGCGCUUCAGAUUAUCCUCUCAUGUCCCAGGAUGAUCUCCUGCACAUUUUCUCAUACUUGCCUAGGGAUCUGAACUUCCUUGAGCACACAAGUAAUAUUGGUUGGAAAGAGUAUCAAAGAGCAAGGCCUAUCAUUAUAGAUCCAGGUUUGUACCAUUCAAAGAAAUCUGGUGUAUUUUGGGCUAAAGAGAAAAGGGUUAUGCCUGCUUCUUUCAAGUUAUUCAUGGGUUCUGCUUGGGUGGUGCUGACAAAAUCAUUCCUUGAAUUCUGUGUUUGGGGCUGGGAUAAUCUCCCCCGUACUCUCCUCAUGUACUACACGAAUGUCCUGUCAUCACCUGAGGGCUACUUUCACACUGUUAUCUGCAACCAUAAAGAUUACCAGAACACCACAGUCAACCAUGACUUGCAUUAUAUAAGGUGGGAUAACCCUCCAAAGCAACACCCUAUUACUCUAACAGUGGAGCAUUUCAACGAUAUGGUCAAUAGUGGUGCCCCUUUUGCUCGUAAGUUUGCCAAGGAUGACCCUGUUCUCAAUAAGAUUGAUAAGGAGCUCUUGAAGAGAUUGGAUGGGCAAUUUACUCCUGGGGGUUGGUGUGUUGGAAAUUCUGCUAGUGUAAAAGAUCCUUGUGUGGUUUAUGGAAGUCCAAAUUCCAUUAAACCAACUAUAAAUUCAAGGAGGCUUGAGAAACUGAUAGUUAAGCUCCUUGAUUUUGAAAAUUUUAGGUCUAAACAGUGUAAAUAGUUCUGUAAUGCCCCAAAUUGUGCCAAAAAAUUUCGUGCAAUCAUCCCUGGAACAUGGUCCAGGCACCAACUCAUGUAAAAUCCACGGUUUCAAGAACAUUCAUGGUAUAGCUGCAUUUGUAAA